AUGGGGAAAACACUUGCCGAUUCUUACAAGCUAUUGUUAGAAUUGGUGGGGGAUUUAAUUCCGAUACAGGAGAAACUUGGUAUUGAUCUCAAUCCUGUUCUAGAAGUGGAACUUAGAAGGGAUAAAACCUCUUCAGAUAAACCAAUUAGAUUUUUUGAUUUGCUUUUAUCUUUAGAAGAUGAUAUAGUAGUAAUUCAGGAUAAACUCGGUAUUAUUGGCUAUACCAAUCAAGCAAGGGCGGAAGAAGUCGAUGAGAAUGUAAGAGCACAACUACGAAAGCUUAAGGAAUUUCACGGUCCCUUAGAAGAUGAUCCAGGUGUGAUAUUACCGAAAUAUGGUGAAAUGGGGGUAAAGAAAAUUCGGUUUACUGGAGAGGGGCUUCCAUUAUUUCCGAAGCUCUCUCCUCAGCAAUUGCACGAAAUAUUCGUCAAAAAUCCAGCUAACACUGAUCAGUGCCCAUGUCUAGAACAGCCAACCCUGGAUCGGAAUACCACUGCAAGUUACCUCGACCUAAAAGAUUCUGAAGACUCCGAGCUAAAAUCUGUCUACUAA